AUGGAUUUCAGCCUGGAGGAGUGGCAGGACCUGGACAUUGCUCAGAGGACCCUAUAUAGAGAUGUAAUGCUGGAGACCUACAGCAACUUGUUGUCCUUGGGGCACUGUGUUUCUAAACCCAAGUUGAUUAUCAAGCUGGAGGAAGGUGCAGAAACAUGGAUGGGAGAAGCCUCAGGCAAGAAUUUUCAAGAUGUCCUGGAAAUUGAUGACAUUAUUAAGAGUUGCAAGAAAAGUCCAGAAGAAUGGCCAUGUGAAGUAGCAAUCACCAAAAGCAACCCUGUGGAUGAAAGAGUGAGAUUAGUGAGAACUUUUCAUUUGAGCUCUAAACACAUGUCAGAGCUGCAUAAGAAUAGUAGGAAAUCCUUAGGACUGUGGACUGAGGCAUCCAUUGAAUAUCAGAAUAUGGUUGUCCAUUUUGAGCCUGAAGAGAUGCAUGCUGGAUCCAGGCCUGGUUUCUCUCAUGUAGAUGAAAAAUCCCUUAGCAACAUGGAGACUUUUAAUCAACGUUCAGAAAUUCCCAGUAAGCAGCAUUAUUUCACAGAUGGUGGAGAAGGGACGGUAUUAACCUCAAAGACCAUAUUCUUUAAAAAUAAUUGUGCUUCUGUGGGAGAAAAUCAUUAUGAAUGCAACAGAUAUGGAAAGGCCCUCAAACACAUGUCAGCUCUAAGAACACAUAAUAGAAUACAUAUUACUGAGAAAAUUUAUGAAUGUAAUAUAUGUGAAAAUUCCUUCAGGAGCAAGAAAAUUCUUAGAAGACAUAACAAAAUUGACUCAGGUGAGAGACCUCAUAUAUGUAACAAAUGUGGAAAAUCUUCCAGGUUGAGGACAAUUUUAAAUGCACAUAAUAGAAUUCACACAGGUGGGAAACCAUACGAAUGUAACCAAUGUGGGAAGUCCUUCACCUGGAAAAAUCAACUCAGUACUCAUCAGGUAAAUCAUACAGUGGAGGAACCUUACAAAUGUAACACAUGUGAAACCUCUUUCAUGUGGAAAGCGCCACUACUAAUGCAUCAGAGAACUCUUACAGGAGAGAAACCUUAUAAACAUAACACAUGUGGAAAGCCAUUUCCCCAGAAAUCACACAUCAGUGUUCAUGAGAGAACAAAUUCAGGAGAGAAACCGUAUAAAUGUAAGACAUAUGGAAAGUCUUUUGCCUGGCAAUCAUACCGAAGUAAAUCACACCUAAGUGUUCAUGACAGAACACAUACAGGAGAGAAACCUUAUAAAUGUAACACAUGUGGAAAGUCUUUUGCCUCGAAAAGAGGCCGUAUUGUUCAUGAGAGAACACAUACAGGAGAGAAACCUUAUAAAUGUAACACAUGUGGAAAGUCUUUUACCCAGAAAUCACACCUAAGUCUUCAUGAGACAACACAUACAGGAGUGAAACCUUAUAAAUGUAACACAUGUGGAAAGUCUUUUACCCACAAAUCAAGCAUUACUGUUCAUGAGAGAACACAUACAGGAGAGAAACCUUAUAAAUGUAACAUAUGUAGAAAGUCUUUUACCCAGAAAUCACACCUAAGUCUUCAUGAGACAACACAUACAGGAGUGAAACCUUAUAAAUGUAACACAUGUGGAAAGUAUUUUGCCUCAAAAUCAACACUUGGUGUUCAUGAGACAACACAUACAGGAGAGAAAUCUUAUAAAUGUAACACAUGUGGAAAGUCUUUUGCCAGGAAAACACACCUUCGUGUUCAUGAGAGAACACAUACAGGAGAGAACUCUUGUACAUGUAACACAUGUGGAAAGUCAGAAAUCAAGCGUUACUGUUCACAAGAGAACCCAUACAUGAGAGAAACCUUACAAAUGUUACACAAUUGGAAUGUAUUUCACCCUGUAGACUUAUCUUAG